AUGGAGAGGACUCUUGUACUCCGCACAGCGCAAACCCUGGGCUUGGGCGCAUCGGCCACGCUACUUGGUGCCGGCUUCGCCAUAACCGUGCAAGCCAUCCCCGCCAUUCUGCUCUCCCCGCGAGAUCUGCUCCUGCGCCAAUGGCGGACCAUCUACGACGUGGGUAUCGCCUACGGCCCGCCAUUCGCUGUGACAUCCUGCCUGAGCCUUGGCUACGUCGCGUAUGAUUCCUACGGCUCGGAUUCGGCGGAUUGGAUGGUCUACGCCUUUUCCGCGCUGUGUACGGUGGGGAUCGUGCCGUUCACCAAGCUUACGCUGGAUGAUAUCAACGCGACGCUGAUUGCGGAGGGAGGGGUUGAUGGAGGGAGUAAUGUGCUGAUGGCUAAGAAGACGGAGGCGAAGGGGUUGGAGGAGAAGGAGGUCAGGGAAUUGGUGAAGAGGUGGUGGUUUUGGAAUUUGAUGAGGAUGAUGAUGCCGUUGGUUGGAACUGUGAUGGGGUUGUGGACCGCUUUGAAAUGA